UUUCAUUCAUUCGAUGGUGACUUUCGCUUUUUCAUUUCGUAUUUGUGAAUUUCCUCCCGAAUAAUCAAUUUGUGAUUGACUCGCGUUGACUGAACAGUGCUUUUUGUUUGUUAUUAAUAAGUUAGAACUUGUCUUGUAAUUUCUGUUAAGUAUUAAACUGAUAUCAUAAUGCAGAUUUUUGUGAAAACCUUGACGGGUAAAACUAUCACUCUUGAAGUUGAGCCAUCCGACACUAUUGAAAAUGUAAAAGCCAAAAUUCAAGACAAAGAAGGCAUUCCCCCAGAUCAGCAGCGACUGAUCUUCGCUGGAAAGCAGUUAGAAGACGGUCGCACACUGUCUGACUACAACAUCCAAAAAGAAUCUACGCUCCACCUUGUUCUGCGUCUCCGUGGUGGUAUGCAGAUUUUCGUUAAAACGCUUACUGGUAAGACAAUUACCCUCGAAGUCGAGCCUUCAGAUACUAUCGAGAAUGUUAAGGCUAAAAUCCAAGACAAAGAAGGUAUCCCACCAGACCAGCAAAGGUUGAUCUUUGCCGGCAAGCAGCUGGAAGAUGGGCGCACCCUCUCUGACUACAACAUUCAAAAGGAAUCCACCCUUCACCUGGUCCUGCGUCUGCGAGGUGGUAUGCAGAUUUUCGUGAAGACCCUCACUGGUAAAACUAUCACCCUUGAAGUUGAGCCUUCUGACACUAUAGAGAAUGUAAAGGCCAAGAUCCAGGACAAGGAGGGAAUUCCCCCAGACCAGCAGCGUCUUAUCUUCGCCGGUAAGCAGCUGGAAGAUGGGCGUACCCUUUCCGACUAUAACAUUCAGAAGGAAUCUACCCUUCACUUGGUUUUGCGUCUGCGUGGUGGUAUGCAGAUUUUCGUGAAGACCCUCACUGGCAAAACCAUCACCUUAGAAGUUGAACCAUCUGAUACCAUUGAAAAUGUUAAGGCCAAGAUCCAAGACAAGGAAGGAAUUCCCCCAGACCAGCAGCGUCUUAUCUUUGCCGGCAAGCAGCUUGAAGAUGGCACCCUUUCUGAUUACAACAUCCAGAAAGAAUCUACCCUUCACUUGGUCUUGCGUCUGCGAGGUGGUAUGCAGAUUUUCGUGAAGACCCUCACUGGUAAAACUAUCACCCUUGAAGUGGAGCCUUCUGACACUAUUGAGAAUGUAAAGGCCAAGAUCCAGGACAAGGAGGGUAUUCCCCCAGACCAGCAGCGUCUUAUCUUUGCCGGCAAGCAGCUUGAAGAUGGGCGCACUCUUUCUGACUACAACAUCCAGAAAGAGUCUACGUUGCAUUUGGUUCGUCUACGAGGUGGUAUGCAGAUUUUCGUGAAGACCUUGACUGGAAAAACUAUCACCCUCGAAGUCGAGCCUUCUGAUACCAUCGAAAAUGUUAAGGCCAAGAUCCAAGACAAGGAAGGAAUUCCCCCAGACCAGCAGCGUCUAAUCUUCGCUGGCAAACAGCUAGAAGAUGGGCGUACCCUUUCUGACUACAACAUUCAGAAAGAGUCUACUUUGCAUUUAGUUUUGCGUCUGCGUGGUGGUAUGCAGAUUUUCGUGAAGACCCUCACUGGUAAAACUAUCACCCUUGAGGUGGAGCCUUCCGAUACCAUUGAAAAUGUUAAGGCUAAAAUCCAAGACAAGGAAGGAAUUCCCCCUGACCAGCAAAGGUUGAUCUUUGCCGGCAAGCAGCUGGAAGAUGGGCGCACCCUCUCUGACUACAACAUUCAAAAGGAAUCCACCCUUCACCUGGUCCUGCGUCUGCGAGGUGGUAUGCAGAUUUUCGUGAAGACCCUCACUGGUAAAACUAUCACCCUUGAAGUUGAGCCUUCUGACACUAUAGAGAAUGUAAAGGCCAAGAUCCAGGACAAGGAGGGAAUUCCCCCAGACCAGCAGCGUCUUAUCUUCGCCGGUAAGCAGCUGGAAGAUGGGCGUACCCUUUCCGACUAUAACAUUCAGAAGGAAUCUACCCUUCACUUGGUUUUGCGUCUGCGUGGUGGUAUGCAGAUUUUCGUGAAGACCCUCACUGGCAAAACCAUCACCUUAGAAGUUGAACCAUCUGAUACCAUUGAAAAUGUUAAGGCCAAGAUCCAAGACAAGGAAGGAAUUCCCCCAGACCAGCAGCGUCUUAUCUUUGCCGGCAAGCAGCUUGAAGAUGGGCGCACCCUUUCUGAUUACAACAUCCAGAAAGAAUCUACCCUUCACUUGGUCUUGCGUCUGCGAGGUGGUAUGCAGAUUUUCGUGAAGACCCUCACUGGUAAAACUAUCACCCUUGAAGUGGAGCCUUCUGACACUAUUGAGAAUGUAAAGGCCAAGAUCCAGGACAAGGAGGGUAUUCCCCCAGACCAGCAGCGUCUUAUCUUUGCCGGCAAGCAGCUUGAAGAUGGACGCACUCUUUCUGACUACAACAUCCAGAAAGAGUCUACGUUGCAUUUGGUUUUGCGUCUACGAGGUGGUAUGCAGAUUUUCGUGAAGACCUUGACUGGAAAAACUAUCACCCUCGAAGUCGAGCCUUCUGAUACCAUCGAAAAUGUUAAGGCCAAGAUCCAAGACAAGGAAGGAAUUCCCCCAGACCAGCAGCGUCUAAUCUUCGCUGGCAAACAGCUAGAAGAUGGGCGUACCCUUUCUGACUACAACAUUCAGAAAGAGUCUACUUUGCAUUUAGUUUUGCGUCUGCGUGGUGGUAUGCAGAUUUUCGUGAAGACCCUCACUGGUAAAACUAUCACCCUUGAGGUGGAGCCUUCUGAUACCAUUGAAAAUGUUAAGGCUAAAAUCCAAGACAAGGAAGGAAUUCCCCCUGACCAGCAGCGUCUUAUCUUUGCUGGCAAGCAGCUUGAAGAUGGACGCACUCUUUCCGACUAUAACAUUCAGAAGGAAUCUACCCUUCACCUGGUCCUGCGUCUGCGAGGUGGUAUGCAGAUUUUCGUGAAGACAUUGACUGGAAAAACCAUCACUCUUGAAGUUGAGCCUUCUGACACUAUUGAGAAUGUAAAGGCCAAGAUCCAGGACAAGGAGGGAAUUCCCCCAGACCAGCAGCGUCUUAUCUUUGCCGGCAAGCAGCUUGAAGACGGGCGCACCCUCUCUGACUACAACAUUCAAAAGGAAUCCACCCUUCACCUGGUCCUGCGUCUGCGAGGUGGUAUGCAGAUUUUCGUGAAGACAUUGACUGGAAAAACCAUCACUCUUGAAGUUGAGCCUUCUGACACUAUUGAGAAUGUAAAGGCCAAGAUCCAGGACAAGGAGGGAAUUCCCCCAGACCAGCAGCGUCUUAUCUUUGCCGGCAAGCAGCUUGAAGACGGGCGCACCCUCUCUGACUACAACAUUCAAAAGGAAUCCACCCUUCACCUGGUCCUGCGUCUGCGAGGUGGUAUGCAGAUUUUCGUGAAGACAUUGACUGGAAAAACCAUCACUCUUGAAGUUGAGCCUUCUGACACUAUUGAGAAUGUAAAGGCCAAGAUCCAGGACAAGGAGGGAAUUCCCCCAGACCAGCAGCGUCUUAUCUUUGCCGGCAAGCAGCUUGAAGAUGGGCGCACCCUUUCUGAUUACAACAUCCAGAAAGAAUCUACCCUUCACUUGGUCUUGCGUCUGCGAGGUGGUAUGCAGAUAUUCGUGAAGACCCUCACUGGUAAAACUAUCACCCUUGAAGUGGAGCCUUCUGACACUAUUGAGAAUGUAAAGGCCAAGAUCCAGGACAAGGAGGGAAUUCCCCCAGACCAGCAGCGUCUUAUCUUCGCUGGCAAGCAGCUGGAAGAUGGACGCACCCUUUCUGACUACAACAUCCAGAAAGAGUCGACUCUGCACUUGGUACUCCGUCUGCGUGGUGGCAACUAAUGCAUAUCCUACAGCAUACAGUAAUGCCUAUAACAUUCAAUUUAACAUUUCAAUAUUCUAACCAUUCCAGAACAGUAUCUAAUUGCAAACUUUUUGAUUGAAUAAUAUAUCUUUCUCUGCUCAUAAA